CGGGGCUGGACGUCCAUGCAUUUCGUAACUCAAACGGGGAAAUUAGGGUGCGUAAGGCUCUUGUUGGAUCAUGGCGCCGAUAUGUUCGCAAAGACGAACAAUGGCGACACACCCCUAGGACAAGCUAGGAAAAACCACCACGAAGAAUUAGUGGCGCUACUGGAGAAAGAAGCGGCCGACAUCGAGUUGAGGGGAAUUCGGGAGACAGGUCUCCUCCAAACCAUCACCGAGCUGAAGGUGGAGAACGAGAAACUGACCGAUGUCAUCAAAAACCAGCGCGACGCACGGGAGGCGCGCACGAAGGCUAUAGUGGCCUCGAAGAGGGAGCAUCUGCGGGAAAUAGACCGCUUGAAGUUCAUCAUCAACAACUACGGGCGGAUGCUGGCGGAACACGGAUGCAACGCGAGUGUGCGCGUGACUGCAUUGGAAGGUCCAGUGAGUUGUGCGCACACGUCGGAUGUAUCGGAUACGGAGCUGGCGGAGUUCAAGAAUCUACCGCUGGAGCGGAGGCUCUCGAGGCGUUCGACCCGAUCGUCAGUGUCGAGCAAGACGGAUCUCUCGGUAGACAGGGCGAUGGCCGUGAACCAGGACUCGGCGCCGUCAUCGCAAGCGGACUUGGGGCUGACGUGGUAG